CUGAACAGACGAAACACAUACAUGUAAUCUGACAGCCACCACAGACAUCAUGGCUGUAGCAGACUUGUUUAGUUGGUUGGGAUGCAUUACACUGCAAAAUAAGAGGGAAGGUACUGUCUUGAACAUACAGACAUUAAUACCACAGACAGUUUUUUUUCUUUUCAUUUAAGCAAACGAAAGUGGAAUUUGUCAUUGUUUCAAGACACGCAAGGGUUUUUUUUCUUUGUUGAGAUGUAGCGGAUGCUAUGGAAUAUGAUGAGAGACUCGCUCGGUUCCGACAAGGCCACCUCAACCCCUUCAACAGGGCAGAGGACGAGCCUCGGGGAGACGAGAACCUGCUGCACAAUGAGAUGAAGCCGGAUUUGUUCGAGUCAGAGCCGCGCUUCCACCCCACUGACCGAGUCAUGGACUUGGGUCUGGCAGAAGAUCACUUCUCUUGCCCUGUGGGCUCGUUCAUCGCCUCGGAUAUCGAGCAUCUGAAGCAGGCCAUCGAGGACUGCAAGUGCCUCAUCCUGGAGCUGCCGGAGCACUCUGAGAAGCAGAAGGUCACAGUGGCCAGACUGAUUCACCUCCGCCUCAAACUGCAGGAACUCAAGGAACCUGAUGAAGAUGAGCCCAAUAUGCGAGUCCUGCUGGAGCACCGAUUCUACAAGGAGAAGAGUAAAAGUGUCAAGCAGACCUGUGACAAGUGCAGCGCCAUCAUCUGGGGGCUCAUCCAGACCUGGUAUACCUGCACAGGUUGUUCCUAUCGGUGCCACAGCAGAUGUCUGAACACCAUCACCAAACCCUGCGUGAGGUCAAAGGUCAGCCACCAGUCGGAGUACGAGCUGAAUAUCUGCCCCGAAAGCGGACUGGACAGCCAGGAUUACAGGUGUGCAGAGUGCCGGGCACCUGUCUCGCUGCGGGGCAUCCCGAAUGAAGCGAGACAGUGCGACUACACCGGUCAAUAUUACUGCAGCAACUGCCACUGGAACGACAUGGCUGUCAUCCCUGCUCGAGUCAUUCACAACUGGGAGUUUGAGUCCAGAAAAGUGUGUCGCUCUUCGAUGAGGUACCUCAGCUUGAUGAUAUCACGACCUGUCCUGAAGCUCAAAGAGAUCAACCCAUUGCUCUUUAACUUUGUGGAAGAGCUGGUGGAAAUUCGGAAACUGCGUCAGGACAUCCUGCUGAUGAAGCCGUACUUUAUCACAUGUAAAGAAGCCAUGGAGGCCAAGCUGCUGCUACAGUUACAGGAGCGCCAGCACUUUGUAGAAAAUGAUGAAAUGUACUCCCUGCUGGACCUAAUCGACAUCUCCAGUGGACGCCUGAGCUCCUCUUUAACUGAAAUUCACACCAGCUUCGCCAAGCACAUCAAACUGGACUGCGAGAGAUGCCAGGCGAAAGGUUUUGUUUGUGAAUUGUGUAAAGAAGGAGAUGUCCUCUUCCCCUUUGACAGUCACACCUCUAUGUGUCACGACUGCUCUGCUGUUUUCCACAGGGACUGUUACUAUGACAAUUCCACCACCUGCCCGAAAUGUGCAAGGAUGUCUGAGCGAAACCAGCCUGUGGUGCCUCUGGUCAGCCGGGAGUGAUGAAACGAGAGGAAGCCUCCCCUAAUCAAAUACUGGUGGAGCAUGGAGCUCACUGUUUACAGUGCACACACAAUCAACAUGCCAGAGCACUGCUGCCUUUUCUUUUGUGAACCCAGAGCAGCUGGAAUAGGACCGUUAAAGCAGCCUUUGUCAGUAAAAACAGUAAAGAGAAACUUGGUCUCUUGGACCAACUACAGUAUGUUCUGAAGCCGAGUUUCUUCCGAGAGAUUACAAGCCCAUAAAGAUGUUGUUCUAUUGA